GCGGCCCAGCCCGCGGACCGGCCGGGGCGGGAGGGGCUCCGCGCCUGACGUGAUGGGCCCCGGCGCGGCCGCCCCCGGGCAGGAGCACGCGGGGCGCGGGGCGGGCGGCGACGCGACGGGCGGUGUCCUCUCCCCCGGCCCCCGCGCCGGACCCGGCCCGGCCGCGCGGGCGGCGCUCCCCCCUCGCCGGCUGCGCGCCGCCCCCGGGGGGCGGCGGUGAGGGACCUGCCCGGCACCCCGCUAUUUAUUCGCCCCCCACGCCCCCUUCCUCCUCCGCCCCGCUCUUCCCCGCGCUGCAGAGACCCCGCGCCGCGGGCGGGCCAUGGCCGGCGGCGGCACGGCCGGACCGGCGGACGAGCUGUGAGGGCGCCCGGAGCCGCCCCCCCGCCGUGUCGUCGGGGCGCGGCCGCACCAUGUCGGCCGUAGCCUACGUGGACUUCGUGGCGGCGCAGUGUCUGGUCUCCAUCUCCAACCGCUCCGCCGUGCCCGAGGCGGCGCGGCUGAAGGUGCCGGACGAGGGGGAGGCGGCCAGGGAGCUGCGCGACCCCCGCGACGCCUGGAAGGACUACUGCGCCCUGCUGGCCAUCGCCAAGAGCCUGCUGGAGCUGAACAAGUACCGGCCGCUGCCCGCCCCCUCCGUCUGCAGUGACAGCGUGGAGAGCCCCGACGAGGACGCGGGCUCCGACAGCGACGCGGCCACCGAGCAGGGCUCCAGCCCGCCCCGGAGCCCCCCGCCGGGGCCGCCCCCGCCUGCGCACGGCCGGGGCCGCCCCAAGGGGAAGCUGGCGACCGAGAAGCGGCACAAGUGCCCCUACAGCGGCUGCGGCAAGGUCUACGGCAAAUCCUCCCACCUCAAGGCGCACUACCGGGUGCACACAGGUGAGAGACCAUUCCCCUGCACAUGGCCCGACUGCCUUAAGAAGUUCUCCCGCUCCGAUGAGCUCACCCGGCACUACCGAACCCACACUGGCGAGAAGCAGUUUCGGUGCCCCCUCUGCGAAAAGCGGUUCAUGCGCAGUGACCACCUGACCAAGCACGCCCGCCGCCACACCGAGUUCCACCCCAGCAUGAUCAAGCGAUCCAAGAAGUCCAGCUCCAGCAGCUCCUUGUGAAGGCAGGGCUGGCCCUGGGAGGGGAGAGGGGGAGAGGCAGGCUGGGGAGGGGAUGCAGGCAGUGGUGCCAGAGCACAAGCAUCCGCUAUGGUGCCGGUCACCUUCACUGUCCAAAAGCACAUGUAGCCGACAUUAAAAAAACAAAAGUACUCAGCACCUCCCUCCCUGUCCUCCACCUCCCCUGCUCUGCUCUGAGAACAACAGUCUGGAGCAAGCGGACUGCAAGGUGAGAAGAGGGAAGGGGCAGCCAGCAGAGGAGGUGACCACCUCCUCAAACAUAAAGCAUUGAUACUGGUGUACAUACAUAUGACUGGGUGGUCUGGCCUGUGCCACCACAGUAGCGUGACCCCAAAGUCUUUGUGAUUGCUGUGUCAUGAACAUGUUUUGUUGAACAGUGUAAUGCUGCUUGUAUUUAGAGUUUGUCGAGUAAAAACACUUUCCGAGUCACAUAAAUAACUCUCAGAUAAAAACUCCAUAGCACAUUGUAGAAGUGGGUUUACUUCUGUGUCAGAGUGAUCCUGCACUUAAAGAUACUGUUAAGAGAACAUUACAUAUGUUACUAAUAGCAUCUGAUUGAUAUACUGAGAUAAGGUGAUUUUAUACUCAAGAAGGCCCAUCAAAUAAAUGGGUCUUUUUAAUUUUUCUUUGCAUUACCUAUACUUUUGAAUAUAAGCUGGACUUUUCCAGUAAAAACAUGUAUAAUCGAAGAAGAUACUUAAAGCAAAAAAAAAACCCACAACAGCUCAGUCAUUUUCUGACCAUAUGUGUAUUUAGCUCUGUUAUUCACUUAUCUGGAAAAAUACAAGUCUGCUUAGAUAGCGUGGUGGGCAUGUGGGAGCUGAGCAUAUGUCUCUCAUGUGAUCCUGUACUUUACUUGUCAAUAAUACAGUACUGUACUGUAGAAAUGCCACUAACAGUGCUUUAUUCUGCUGUGUUUUGUUUGAAUGGGUGCAUAAUAGCAGCUACCAUCUUUACAAACUGCUGCUUUUUUAAAGGCUUUUUCUCUUCCUACACUUGCCUUAAAGAUUUAUUCUCUUCAUACCGUGGCCUAACUCCCUUUGAGCCCUCUGGGAGUUGUGUGUGCUUAUGGAGAGAGUAGAUCUUUCCUUAAGAGUACUCUGCUAAUGGAAACACCUGAAACUAUUGUAAGGAGCACUUCGGAAGGGCUCCUUUGUCUCUUGAUUGCUAAUUCUCUAGAGUAUGGGGGAAAACCAAGAGCUAAUUUGAAAUAUGGAAGGUGUGUUGCAAUAAUCCUUACGACACAAGCUUCUCUUGGUACCUUGCUUUGUACGUGUUUCAUGCAUGGCACGUCAAAUGCUGAUAAAGGCAAUAUUACUUUUAUUUGAAAGCUGUUUUUUGCUCUUUAAAAGGAGCAAAAAGAUCACUAAAUGAAAACUCUCGGUCAUGGUGAUUAGCUGAAAAUGUCAAAUUUUUUAUGUUAAAAGCAUGAAAUUUAAGGGGUUAUCAGUGAUAUGUUUUUUUCCUCCCCAGCUGCAUAAAGACGGGAGAAUUCUGUUUACACAUUAUUUUUUUCCAGAAACAUUCUUCUGUUUGGUUUUUUACCCCUACUACAGAGACUUAGGGCCAAAUUCAUCUUCUGAGUAAUCACACUGAAACCCAAAGUGUUUCCACUGCAGAUGAAUUUAGGUCACCUUGUAAAAUCCUGUACAUAAAAAGUCUUGUUAGUACACCUGCAAUUACAGUAUCUUAUUGUUUUAUCUGAUAAAAAGCUUGCUUCCUAGAAAAAAAAACAUAAAAAAUUAACUCGGAGAUUAGAGUGUUUUCCUCUACAGUUGUAUAUGGCUUUCAGCAUUAGAAAUCAGUUUGCAUACUGUGUUUUUACCUGUGUAGUUCGUGAUAAAUUCUGUCUAUAUGAAGAGAACUGCUUUUAAAGCAUUGGGGAUAUUGAACAGUCUGUGGAAUAAAAAGGGAUGUGUUUUCUUCAGUGAAGACAUCAGGAAACCAAGCACACUUUCUACCUCCGUUUCACCUUUUUGAAACAUUUGUUUUAGAAACCAAACUUUAAUUUCUCGUAUUCAAAUUGAGUCAUAGGGACAUAGGUUCUUCACAAUAAAAACUGGUAGCACUAGUAUUUCUAUUGAUCUAGAAAUACAGAAAGUGUUCUGCUUACCAGUACUGUUCAUGCUGCCUUGAGUGGGGUCAGAGCCACAAGUAGCCUGGUGAAAUUCAAAGGUGCAUGCACGUUCAUCUUCCUUCUUCUUUCUGAAGAUCAAGCAAGAUUUCCAGUCCGUCCUGCAGUCUGGAUUAUUGCCAUUUUGUGGGACAAAUGCAGCACUUGGAAAAUUUAAGCCUGAUCCUGUGAAAUACAAGAGAAUCUCACGUUCUGUCAACCACAAUGGGAAGCCACUGAUAAGCAGCUGAUAAGCAGCUCCUAAAUCAGUACGUAGAUGUUUUGGUCACUUAGCUACCGCGUUUAACCAAUACAUGGAAGUAAAGGGCCAG